AUGGACCGAGGUACAAGGGCUGUCAUAGUCAGCGAUCUUGGUGACUUGUCCCAUCCAUCUGACCAGUUGGGGACCAGAGAGACUGUGGGAUCAUUUAUUGACAAUGACAGAACCUAUCACUUCUCGCAGGACCACGACGAGACAGAAGAGCUUGUGGCAUCCAUUGUAAGGGAAUACAAGGGAGCAAGUCAUCUCUCAUCGCUAGAGACUGCUCUGUACUUUCUCCGGAAAUAUCUCGCCCUCUGCCUUGGAGAUCAUUCUAUCCAACCGAAUCCUUUAGACAAUCCCGCUCCGGCGCGGCUCGUCAGAUUCAAUUGGACGGGAGAGAUUCGAGACCUAGACGAGGCUAUACUUUUGAUUCCCUCCAAGCUGACGGGAGUCACGCUUCCACAAAACUCGAUUCGAGCACAGCCUGAAAUCGAGGUCGUGACAGAAAGGGAACAGAGAGGCGAACGGGACAUAGUUCUUGAGCACGAGCACGAAGCAUUAUCGAUGAUCAAGUUCGUCCUUGGUGUAGUGACAGAGUUUUGCAACUCCGGAUCAAUCUCAAGCAUUGAAGCUGCAAUAUAUCUCUACCGCCAGGUUGUCAAUCAGCGGGGACAUCAAAAUCCAAAGCGAUUUGCUGCUAUAACCGAGGCCUUCACCGAGGCAACGCUUCUUCGUCUACAACACCAAAACUCAGAUAUGAGGGACGCGAAGGCGCUGAACUUGGCAGAGCAUGGGGCGGAUAUCGCGCGGAGCUUCACGUCGGAGGAUAUAACCGAAGUUAACUCUUCCAUCUUCUUUUUCCAGGAAGCUGUCGGCAUGAUGUGCGAGGAGCACCCUUUGCGCUGUCAUGCACUCAUAGACUUGGCUUCCACAAUUCUCGUGCGGUUUCUGAAGACCGGAAGGAGGCAUGAUCUGGAUCGCGCUAGAUUGCUGCUUGAGGAAGCUGAAGACCGCGAGAAAGCUAUUUCAAUGUACGGAAAGUCACUCAUGAUCUGCCUUGUCCCGCAUCCAAAUCGCUCGGCUUUAUUGACCCCACAUCCCGAUCGUUCAGCAUCCCUGAACAACCUUGGAAAUGCAGUCCGGAAAAGAUUCGAGAAGACAGGACAGGUUGAGGACCUCGAGCAGGCAAUAUCGCUUCACCGGGACUCGCUCGCGCUCUGCCCUGCACCACAUCCAUAUCGUCUGGCAUAUAUGAACAAUCUUGCAUGCGCACUAUUGACGCGAUUCGACCAGAUAGGGCAGGCAGAAGAUCUCGAGGAUGCGAUUUCUCUUCAUCGAACAUCUCUCAUGCUCAGCAUUCCCCAAUAUCCUCAUCGAAAUUCAAGAGACCUCGAGGAGGUGCAUUUCAAGUACACGGGGCAGGUAAAAGACCUUGAUGAAGCAAUCAUGCUUCAACGGGAAGCCCUCAAAUCUCUUCCUGAAGCACAUCCCGAUCGAUGUCGUAUACUACACCACCUGGCAUCCAAUGAUGUAUCAGAAAAUGCUUUAGGACUGUUUCGCGCUGCAGUCAGAUGUGAGAACGCAUCUAUACUGGAUCGCUCAUACGCUGCUCGGUCCUGGGCACAACAUGCAGACGAACUGAAACAUGCAUCAGCAUUGGAAGCAUAUCAAGCUGCCAUCCGAUUUCUUCCGCUGGUGUCAAUGCUGGUCUCAAGGAUCAAGUCUCGCCCCCAGCUUUUAGCUACAAAAUUGGAUUCGCAUCCACCGAAUGAUACGACAGCGUGUGCUAUCCGAAUAGGCGCAUUUGGGCAGGCUAUUGAACUACUGGAAGAGGGGAAAGCUGUCUUUUGGUCCCAGGCCUUCAAGCUUAGGACUCCCUUUGAUGACCUUCGUCAAGUGCAUCCCGACCUUGCAAAAAAGCUUCAAGAUAUGUCUCAGGCUCUUGAGCGGAGCUCAUUACACGACCAUCCCGAGACGAUCCAAGACGAUGCUCGAGGUGUGAUGACGAUAGAAGCUGAGGCUGGAUCCUUUCGCCGGCUCCACGAGAAUUGGUUAGAGACGCUGGAACUGAUUCGGGGCCUAGACGGGUUUGGAGAAUUCCUGCGUCCAAAGAAGUUCACGUUACUGAAGCAAGCUAUCUCAGGCAGACCAAUUGUUCUUCUCAAUGCUGCCGGAUCAUCAUCCAGACCAGUUAUCUUUGCCUUGAAACUCAAUGUUAAAUCAGAGUUGCCGCCAAGAGUCUGGUGGUGCCCAACAGGCUAUUUCACAUUCCUCCCGAUCCAUGCAGCUGGGAUAUAUUCGCCAGACAUGGGAGACCUCGAAAAUGUAUCAGACUACAUGAUCUCAUCCUACACGCCCACACUGAACACGUUGCUUGUUCCGCCGCCCGCGCCAAGCACGGACGCGUUCAAGAUGCUGGUGGCCAUACAGCCCGAAACCCCAGGAUACAGCUGUCUUCCUAGCACUCGGGACGAGAUGCAGAGGAUCGAGGCGCAUGCACCGAGUUCACGCCUCAUCGAGCAAUGCUCUUCGUCGGCAUCGCAAUGGGAGAUGUGGCUCUUCCCGACGAAGCUACUCACCUUUGUGGGGACCAUGCUGUUCUCUGGAUUUCGCGGAGUAGUUGGCACUAUGUGGUCAAUCCAUGAUGUUGAUGGCCCUAUGGUCGCGGAUGAAUUCUACGGUCAUCUCUUUCAGGGUCCCAAAGACGGCUCCCACCCCGACACUACGCAAGCCGCCCGAGCGCUCCACCUCGCGGUGACAAAGCUGCGUGCAUGUUUAGGUGGUAAAUCUUUCUUACGAUGGGUGCCGUUUGUUCAUUACGGGCUGUAA